AUGUCACUUACAAUAUCUCUGGACAGUCAACUGACUCAAUAUUCCGGAAAUGAAACAAUUUGUGGUCGUGUGAAUCUUCAAUGCUUUAAACCAAUUGAGAUUGAAGAGGUGAAAUUGACCUUUUCGGGGCUAGCAGAAGCUAAAGUACAGAAGACCAAAGGAUCUGCGGCUCCUUCGGUCGGCUACCGUAGCAAAUGUGUGCUUUUCGAAAAGGAUCGUAUUUUAGCUCAUCAAGGUGGACAGCAAAUGGCUAUUGGGUCAUAUUCUUGGCCGUUUGAGCUAACUUUUCCAUCGCAUGUUCAACCUGAAAUCAAGCCAUCGAAAUGGCCGGUGAUUCCUCCAUUUCGCAACGAUGCAAACCAUCCACUCCCACCAACGUUUUCUAUCGAAACUAGUGAUAGUCUUCGGAGGCUGGUCUGCUCAAUUGGGUAUCAUAUCCAUGCACAAGUCUUCAAACCAUCUUCAGGUUUCAUGGGAAAGCCUUCGCCAUUCAUUUCGGAAGUUUUGGCCCUGCAAUUCAUACCUCCGAUAAAUAAAGCGGAUAUGGUUGACGUCGAAAACUUCAGCCACAUGUCUUACCAUCAGCAAGAACAUGUCUUUAGUAUUCAAAGUAUGCAUUUGCUUCAAGAAUACAAGGGGAGAAGCCUUGGUGUUCAAGAAAAACUCCGGUCUUGGUUUUCUCCAAGACAGUUGCCACGGUUCAACUUCAGCGUAUCCUUUUCUUAUCCAACUCGCGCAGCUCAGUCAACCCCACUCCACUGCAAUCUGACUGUUGCCCCUCGCAUGGAAGACUCGUCUGUCAGCUCACCUCCAGUGAUUUUGAUGCAGUCUCUACAUAUCACUUUGGUGAGUAGAACCUAUGCGCGAAGUGGGCCUUCGUUAAUGGGAUCGAUGUCCGGUGAGGUGGAUGAGCGCAUGGAAAUCCUAUCCAGAACAUCACUCAAUAUGGCAAUGUCUGGAAUGAUUGAUCUGACCGAAACUUUCGGUCCUCUUGUAUUUCGACCUAUUGAUGUCUCUUUUGGUACAUUCAAUAUCAGUAGGAUGUACCGCCUGUGCGUAUCAGGUCAAUUUGAAUGUGCUGGGAAGAUGUCCAAAUUUCAAGCCCUUGAUUUACCAAUCGAUAUCAUCCCUCGAUCUCAAAGAAAUGCGACAGUUUCUCAGGGCCCGGAGCCCCCUAUCGAUGAUAACCUUCCAUCAUAUACACCAUUUUCAUUACCACCAGAGAUGGCAGGAGUUCCACAAGACGCCAAAAAGCACGACAGCGGAAAUUUUUGA